AAUAAAAAUAAUAUGCUGGCAGUGCUGACAACUACAACGAAAAUAACAAAACAAAUAGUUUUCUGAAUCUAGUUACGUGUUAUUAUUUAUAAUACAAAAAUUGUAUUCAAAAUCGAAAGAAAAGAAACUAAAUUCUAAAAUCCACAUGACAAAUUAAGGACACAUUUUUCACUAUACUGCACAGAAGGGCAGCAUCCGACACCAAUAGUUUUGACAUACCAUUGAGAGCAACGUGUACUAAAAAAUAAAAUUAAGUUUUCGAAACAAGUCGUCGUCAGCAAAUUUUCUUUAUAAGCCUGAAAGAUAGAAUAUUUAUAGCAAUGGCUGAUGUUAAAGUAGAGGUCUCCGGAGACAUGAAUGUUCCGAAACAACAGCAAAAAUCACAGUUCGAUUUUAGAAGCUUCACACAAUUGCAAAGAAUACCAAGUCCCAUGGAACUUAUUCAAUUAGCUAGAAAGUACAUUCGGCCUUGGUCAGAGUUUCUAAAUACUGGGAACUUUAAGCCAGCUGUUAGUAUGCCACGACUAACAAGCAGAUAUAUCAGAAAUCUCAAGUACUUUCAAAGCAAUUAUAUUUUCGUCUUUAUUGUGCUAAUGAUUUAUUGCCUUAUUACGUCUCCGUUAAUUCUAAUUGUGUUGGGUGCUGUUGCGUAUGCAAGUCACAGAAUUAAAAAGGCACAAUCACCUGUGACAAUAUUUGGGUACCAACUUAGUACAAGCCAUCAAAUUAUGGCAGUCAACGCCGCUUCAGUUCCAAUACUAUUUUUGGUUGGAGCUGGUGCAGCAUUAUUUUGGGCUUUAGGUGCUUCCAUCUGUGCUGUAUCCUUACAUGCAGUAUUUUAUAAUAUUGAUGCCAUUGUUACUGAAGAAUCUGAAGGAUUUUUGUCCGAAGUUGUGUAAAAUUUAUCAUAUUAUUUGAAAUAAUAUUUUUUUGCCAAAUAUGGGGCCUUAAUGUACAUAUAAUUAACAUAUUUUCAAUUAGUUUCUUUCAACUUUUUUAAAAAAUACACGAUACUAAUUAUUUGUUACUACUCUUACAUUAUAGUAAUUUAUUCAAAUAAAGAGAAUAUUCUCGAAUUUUUC